GUAUGAUUUAUACUCGUAGACAAGUGCAAAUGUGCUUUGUAACCACACAUUUUGGCGACCUGCAACAAAACCUCAAUUAUGACGCUAAUAGAUGCCUUGUACGUUUGUCUAUGAACAACGUCUUCGUGGCAAUCGUGGUCGAUGGCUCGUAGGACGAUCGUUUUUCGUUGUCUCCUCGUCGCUUGUGCUACGCUCUUCUGCGUCCAUUUCUUCUCGCGUCGACGCGCCCGUGUGUUGGCUGACUUAGGUCAAACUCCUUGGGAGGGCCUCGCUAUCCCUAAUCGUCCCCUUGCCGCGAGCUUCUUGGUUGGAGAAAGUAACUCAUCGAAUGUUCAAAGAGCUAGCUUGGUUUCAGCGUCUCAAUCCUAUCCUGACGUGACAGCAGUCAUCUUGAACUGGUCUCGGCUCCCCAAUGUUGUUCAGAUUGCCAGUCUUCUUUGUAGUCCAUGGUUAGAGGAUGUCAUAGCGGAGGUUGUAGUGUGGAACAACAAUCCGAGGGAGAUCUCCUACAGGACUUUCGUGAAGACAGGUUGCCCUUCCGAAAAGUUGAAGAUAUACAAUUCGCCUCAUAAUGCCUACUUUCAAGCUCGAUACGUUGCGUGCGAACAGGCUACCACUCGUUUCUGCUUCCUGCAGGAUGACGACUACCUUAUUAUGCCUGAGAUUAUUCGCACUCUGCAUGCUCGGGCUCUCGGAACCCCUGACCACUCAAUACACCUUCUGCCUCCACAUGAGGUUCUAUCUACUCAACUACGUACAGCGGUUACGUCCAACGGUGUGCAUACUUCGUCCGCGUGGCUAGGACAUGGCACAAUUCUGCCUCGGACUGGAGCUUCGGACUUCUUAGCGCUCUUACAUCAUCUGAACGCAUCCGAGGAUGAGAUGAAGAUGGCAGACAACUACUUUACGAUCCUGAAUAAUCGGAUUCCUGAAGUUUGGUUCGAUCAAGGUAUUGAGCUAGGAGGUGGUCAACCAUUCACAGUCGGAAUGGAAGGUGAUGAACGUAAUAAAAUACAUAUGGUCAAAGCUUCUCGAUACCUGGACACUCUUUUGAGCAGAGCGCCACAUUUAUCUCAAGAAGAAUCGAGAUUACCUUUCGUCGAAAUUGAUGCGGUGACCCCUGUUGGCCAUCAUAUAUCUCAAGCGCCGUGCCUCGGCGCUUCUUGUUUACUGCAGACGAACAUCCAUUUACUACCAUCAAACAUGAAGGCUGAAAGUGACUCAGCCGAGGACAUGGUAAUGCAGGAAUCACGAACUAUACAGUCUUUGGGCCAGGAUGCUGUGGAUCAUUACUUGCGGUUCCCUCCUUCCCAAGCUGUCGACGGCCACCUGGACACUGCAUUCCGCAGUCCAUUUCCGGCGCGACGUGGUGACUUCGUAAGCCUGGACAUGCUGUCACGCGUGGGCUCAGCAAGUUCCACACUUGAAAUUGCCUUUCUUGUUACGAGGGAAACAGUGGUCAUUUUGCGCCAAGCCGUGUUCGAAUCUUCUACGGACGCUGUCAACUGGGUUGUCUCCACGCAUCCGUUGAUAUGCGAAGAAACCCAAUUGACCGAGCGUCGUGGCGUUAGGUCCGCACCUCGCAAAUUGCAAGAAUGUAAAGUGCAGUCACAGGAGACAAACCAUCGGUUCUUUCGAGCGAGUCUACAGGUUGAUAUACCGUCUUCGCCUCACUGGAUGAUCUAUGAGUUUUGGAUACGGUGGUUAACAUAAUAGACCAGUACUGUCUCUGACAUCGCACUCAGUGGGUACAUCCAUGUUGCAAAAUCAAUUUGCAUUGGAGCUUGAGGCUGUUUCAGCGGAAUUAAGAACGAAUAUUUACUAAUCGUAGUUGAAAGUCAGGGGU